CUCCCAUGGCCCUCUCCCCACAGGGGAGUUUCGGGGCCUUGUUUGGUUACAGUAAGGAACUGGCAUUCUUCAGCACCGAGAAACGAUGAUUCUGUCGUAGAAAAAUCCCUGAAGUCCCUGAAGACAAAAAGCAAGAAGUUGGAAGAAGGGGGCCCCGUUUAUAGUCCAGCAGUGGAAGAAACCGUUGUUAAAAAAUCCAUUGGGCAGAAGAUUGUCGAUGAGGUGAAGCAUUACUACCACGGCUCGGUGUUGUGGAUCGAUUCCAAAAUUGGCGCCAGAAUGCUCUGGCAGAUCCUUCACGGCGGCUCCAUGACCCGCCGGGAGCGCAGGCAGUUCCUUCGGAUCUGCGCCGACCUCUUUCGCUUGGUCCCUUUCCUCGUCUUCAUCGUCGUUCCCUUCAUGGAAUUCUUGCUCCCCGUAGCUUUGAAGUUGUUCCCCAAUAUGCUUCCUUCGACAUUUGAGACCAACUCCAAGAAGGAAGAGAGGUUGAAGAAAGAACUGAGAGUAAAGCUUGAGGUGGCUAAAUUUCUUCAAGAUACUAUCGAAGAGAUUGCCUUAAAAAACAAAGCAGCUAAAGGGAAUGCUACAAGAUUCUCAACCUUCUUUCAAAAGAUACGCGAGACUGGUGAGAGGCCAAGCAACGAAGAGAUUUUACGGUUUUCUAAACUGUUUGAGGACGAGCUGACCCUGGACAACCUCACACGGCCCCAGCUGGUUGCUCUGUAACUUUUAGAACUUCAGUCAAUCGGAACAAACAACUUUCUUCGCUUCCAGCUAAUUAUGAGGCUGAGAGUAUCAAAGCAGACGAUAAAACUGAUCACUGAGGAGGGCGCGGACAGCCUGACGGUAAAAGAGUUGCAAGCAGCCUGCCGAGCGAGGGGCAUGAGAGCCCUCGGGGUCACGGAGGAGCGGUUAAAGGAUCAGCUGAAGCAGUGGUUGGAUUUGCAUCUGAAUCAAGAAAUCCCAACUUCGCUGCUUAUAUUAUCCAGAGCGCUGUACCUCCGAACCUUGUCUCCGGCUGACCAGCAAACGACUUUGCAAAUUCUCCCAGAGAAUGUGUCUAAAGAGGCUCAGGUGAAAGCGGCAGAGUCGAAAGAAAAGAUUGACAAUAAGCCAGAUGGAAGCGACUCUCCAGAAGAGGAGCCAUCAGGAAAGAACAUCAGGACGAAAGAGCUGGAAAAGCUUUCCGAAGCGGCUGACAAAGCCAAAGAGACUCUUCACGUGGCGGAAAGGGAGGUGAUAGUAGAUCUGGAUUCCUCAGCUCUGAACAAAGUCUCUCUAGAUGCCACUGCUGAACGAGAACCGACAAAAGUGAAUGUAGCCCUGCAGUCAGAGGUUUUGACAGAUACGGCCCCGGUAUUGGAAGGCACGAAGGGCGAAGAAAUAACAAAGGAGGAGAUUGACAUGCUAAGCGAUGCUUGCACGAAACUGAAGGAACAAAAGAAAUUGCUGACAAAGGAGAAGGAGGAACUGGAGGACCUGAAGGAUGAUGUGCAGGAAUACAGCGAGGAUGUGCAAGAAAUCCGGGAACUAACUAAGAGUGGACCAGAAGAAAUAGUGGAAGAAUCCAAAGCCAGCAAGAGGCUGACUAAAAGAGUGAACCGAAUGAUCGGGCAGAUCGAUCGAAUCAUUCAGGAGUUGGAGACAGACCAAAAGCCCCUCGGAGAACAGCCGGGCGGGGGUCCCACUGGGCUGCGUUUCCCAUUUAGGGAGAACCUCAUCAGCAUCCAGGAUCUUAUUAACGUGAUGAAGCAGCUCCAGGAAAUCCCCGAAGGGAAACUCAACAAGCUGGCCGAGGCCCUGGAUGAGAAUAAGGACGGCAAGAUCAACAUAGACGACGUGGUCAAGGUGAUCGAAUUGAUUGACAAGGAGGACAUCGAUAUCUCCACCAAGCAAGUAGCAGAGAUCGUGUCGCUGCUGCACAAGGAAGAAAAAGUGGAAGAGAUGGAGAAGACGAAAGAAGCAGAGAAGGAAGCUGCAGAGCUGAAGAACUAGCCUCAGCGGUUCAACGCUUCCUCCUCCUCCUCUUCCUCCUGUGCAGCUGAGUCAGCACUUAGUAGUGGUGAGAUGAAGCACCCUGGUAUUUUCCCAACUAAUCAAAGAUAACGUAAUUUUUGGACCCCAGGGAGACAAGUGACCAUUCCGUGCAGUAGAAGUGGGUCUUCUUUGGGUCUUCUAAGAAACCAGCCCAUCUUCUGCCGUGAGCUGGGUCCUUUUGUCCUGGUGUGUUGAUUCAGUCCCUUUGUCUGCCGGUUGUGCUCUAAAUCAGAAAAUCUUUGCAGUGCACAAGGAAUCACUACUCCUUUUUAAACUAUGUUACUUUUGCUUGUCAUGGAGAUAAUAACGUUUUUCACUUCUUAAAAGUGAAAAUCUCUACCGCAAAAAUCUCCAUACUGAAACCACUCAAAAAUGGCUAAACCCAGGUGAAAUUUGGUUUCUGAAAGUUUUGUAAUUAUUUUAUGUUAAGACGUGUAGAAUUGCACUGCAACCAUAAUUUAAAAAACAAAACAAAAACCUUCUCGAACAUUUUUAUUUUGGCUUGGUUGAUUUCUCAGUGUUAAAAAAAGAGAAAAAGGUAUUGCGCUAUUUAACUAUCAAUACACACCAUUUUAGAAAGGGUUGGAAGUCUCUCAUCCCUCUAUAAUCCCAUUAAUCUUUCUCUCAGUUUUACCCAUUGAUCCAGUUUCACUCAUGCGUAAUCUGGACUCCCAGAGUUUGCAGACCAGGCAUCAAUUGGCUACGAGGCAACUUUGAAAUUGUGUUAAAAAAAAAAGGUCUACCAAAUCACUGUUUAUAUAAUAGGUGUACUUUAAUCAGGAUAUUUUUUCUUUCUCCUUGGGUAUGAAAUAACUAAUCCAACGUACUGGAAAUAUCAUAAACAUUGCCUAUAUAAUCAUGACCAUUGAAGGCUGCUCAUAAGUGUCUGCCUUAGUUCGCUUUUGAUCUAGUCGGUUCUGCUGGUAGUUGCACUAGGCAGAGUUAAGCGGCCUUUUAAAGCCUUUAGUGGGGGGGGGGGUAUGUUUUUCUGACCGGUGGAGGGGAUUCCAAGUCUGUGGCCAGAAAUGGAGGCUGAUGAAAUUGGCCGUGUGAGCCUGAACGAUUCCGUCUUCAAUUCUGAUGCUUGGGUUUUCUCGGGGCUCAGAAUCGGCAUUUGCAUUGCCUGCCUUUUGUUGAGUUGCAAGACGAAUCAACACCCCUGGUUUGAUUUCCGAAUGAAUAGAAAAUGUAUUUCAGACCCCAGUUUGGAGGGAUUGAAAUUGCAAGCCUUGGCCCUUCAUAGAUUUGUCCCUGUUUUCUAGCUGCUGCCUUAGUGCUGCUGAUAGGCAGGAGGCAAACUUAGCCCAUUUAUUCUACACCCUCCUCUUCCAGUUGUGAUAGGUGUUGGUCUUAUGGGGACGUCACUGAAGCAGCCUCUGGUGACAUGAGAAGUUCCUUUAAAUACGUUUCCUUGUGUGAGGAGGAGGAGGAGGAGGGGGGGUGUCUGCAGCUGGAUUUGGAUCGAAGGGGAAAACCUUCCCUAGCAACUUAAAAAUCCCUGGAGGAGAGCAGCCUUUUUCACGGCAGGGGGAAGGGACGUCCUUGUUUAUUGCCCGUUUAUUCCUGUGACCAAUUAGCGAAAGGGAGCGCAACUGUCCUGUCUACCCCAGUGCCCACUUUGGGUCCAAGAGGAAACCCCUGUUUGAAGGCAGAAGGAAGGGUUGAGCCUUCUUACAGCGGCACUUCACACAUUACGUCAGGUUGCAGCAGCUACAUGAUGCUAUAAAGUACAUUAGUCAAACCCGGGCACUUGCUGUUUGUUGCGGAGGAUGUGGGAAGCCACACCCAAGCUAAACACAGCUCUUGGGAACAGUUGUGUGCAUGCACAACUUCCAGAGGCAUUACAAGGAUUAAGUUCAUAAUGGAGAUACUAAGAUUUCUGUGGUCUGGUGCUCACCUUGUGUGUAAGUUGAUCUCUCUCCUGAAGGAAUCCAUGGGCGAUCCCUCCCAUUCCCCGUUUCCUUUCUAGCUCCACAUUGCUACCAGCUUCCUUUCUCCAAACUGUGGCUGGUAAUGUAGCAAGGAAUGCAGUGAGGAGCUCUCAUUUUGUGUAGUCGUUUUUGCAGAUGGUUGUGCGUUCGGAGGGGCAACUGAACACAAGGUGAUGGGAGAUGGGAGCUACCCCACCUGCCCUUUGGCCAUGAUGGCGUUAGUAACCCAGUUAAUCUUUUGGAAAAGAGAAGGGAGCAGAUGCAACUCACAUAUGUCACCCUUAGUUGCUCACAAGCGUGACCUUCAGAGAAGAUUUGGGAUCUAUUUAUGAUGGUCUUGAGGGGGGAGAAGAAGACUUGCAGGCCCCUUUUCUGUCCUCUUGGGUGACUUUCAGUGCCUUUACCAGCGAUGGGAAUGUCUUCCUCCCAUCGUGAAGAGAGAGGCAGAGAAGUUGGCUUCUCAACAUGGUCACCUUGGUCCUAGAUCAGAGGGCUCCCUCCGGCUGGCUUUCUCUUGCAUUCUAGCGUCCGUAGCUUUAGCAGCAGGUCUGAGCAAAGAACUUUUGUAGCUGAUGGCCCAUAUCUUUUUUUUUAAAACAGGGGAGCAAGUGGGGGCUUCUUGUUUCGCACAUAGAAAUUGCCAGAAUUCUGUUUAAAACUUGAAAAAAUCCAGUCUCAGCAUCAAUUCUGCUGACAGUUUCCAUGAAUUAACCUCCUGUCUCGAUAUAACACAGCUUUCUGCCUUUGUUUAGGACACAUAAAGGACAAUGGACGGAUAAUCCUCAACUUUCUGUAUUUAUGGAUCGAUAAAUUGGUGUUAGGAAAAUAUGCAUACUAUUAGGGAAACUAUUUGCACUUUGUACAUGUGUAUAGUCUCACCACACAUCUUUCUGGUGGAUAAGGGUAAAUAUCAGUUGGAUUUAAAUGCAAAUUGUUGUACAGGAUAAGAGAGCUGAAGGCCUAAAAGAGGAAAGAGAGGUUGUGUUUUCAAUAAACAUUAAUUUUCAGAAAUAAAGUCUGAGAAGCGGUAACUGGUACAAUCUUCAGAUGCAGAAUAUUAAACAUUUGAUAUUCAUAUUUCACAUGGCAAAGAGCAUUUACAAGCCUUCCCCCCCUCCCUUUAUUUCUGAAAAUAAUUGCGUUUAUUUCUGUCCAGAACGCAGAGGGUUGUUUUGGCCCCAGGGUUGGGCAUAUUUUGAUGUAGACCGUUGUGUUGAUAGGCACAGUUUCCUUAGGUUUUUUUUGCAUAACUGGUUGAAUCCAGCCGUUCAAAGCUCUUUGGGUCACUCCAGUGUCCCCCAAGAAGUCCAGGGAUUUGGGGGCUGCAGACUAAGGUUCCGCCUUCCCUCCCUCCCCACAGAUUUCUACAUCCAAACUGUUGCCUUCCAUCUGUAGCUACCGUUUUGCCAGCAAGCUGGAUGGGUUCACUUUCUCCCCUUCGGAGUCUGGAGCUGGAAUUAGGCCUUUCCGAGCCCCACCACCACCUCCCUCCCUCCCUCUGGGAAAGUCUGAGAUCCAUAGGCUCCCUUCCCUGGCUGUUAAAAUGCUCCCAAGGGCUGAUCAGAGCACAUGUUCUCCCGGUGCAGUGUGUGGUUCCAUAAAUAUUCAAGGAUGUCCUAGGAAAAAACUGCUGAGUGAAUUUUGUGAUUUUUAAAAAAAAGGUUAAGAAAUCACGGGGCAAAUGUGCUCCUUUUAAAGGUGCAACCGCUUUUUUCAAUGAAUAUUUUUUUUAAGAAAAACAUAGGAUCAGAAAGCCAGAUUUGAAUCCUCCCUUGCCGAGCGAGAGAGCGAGAGGCUGGAUUCUUUGGCUUCAAUCAGCGAACCUUCAAGCUAAGAAAGGCCCUCUGAGUUUUUUUGAGAGUGGAUCCCCCCCCCCAGCCCUAGAAGGAAACUGAGGCAAGGUGUGUGUGUGUAGAACAGCUGUUCAGCCCCAGAGGGCUAAGGAUUCAGUCAGGUGGGCCCUUCUACACUCCACUCGACACUGGGAGGGGCAGUAUUGUUCCUCUAUCGAGAUUUGAAAUAGCAAAUCAGCUAUUUUUAAAAAUACCUUAGCUGGCAAUCCAGGCUUGUAGAUCCUCUCCUGUAGUAGCAGAGAAAUUCCAUGCUGUUUCCUAGAUUGUUUAACAAUUAGCACGAGGCAAAACCACCCUUGUUUUUUUCUAGAAGGGAAUUGGAUUCUCUGUGGAAAAGAGCUUUGAACCAUCACCAGUUAUAUAAGAUCUGAGUUGAAAGACAUUUCAGUGUGUGAUGCUAGUGGUGCUUUGUGUUUAAUAUGUAUAAAAUCCUUUUUAUCUUUCUAAGCUUAAAUUAUUAUAUAAAAUACCACGUCAUUAAAGAAAAUAGACCAUAUCCCCUCUUUUACUGUCGAUUAUUUAUGAAUAAAAUCUUACAUCAUCAACCUGUCGAUAUUGAUCAUGUGAACCGAAAGACAAUACUUCUUGAUGUACAGCAAAAUAAAAAAUGAUUGAAACUUU